AUGGCAGGGUUGACAGCAUACACCUUGAUCACAGUCUACUUUCUCGUGGUAGCAGUGGAAUCCGCCUACGGCAAGCAUAUCGUUGGCCCACACCUCGGCUUUGGAAGCAUGUGGGGUCCGACGCUGUACACCAACACUAUCUCCAUCCCCCCGAUGGUCGCUAUCGGGCUCCUCUCUGGUGAGCAAGAGGCUCUCUUGCGUCACGCCGACUGCUCCAAGUCCAGCCCGGUGGAGGAUGCCGACUCGAACCAAGCCGUCGUUCUUCUCGUCCUCAUCUCGUGCGCUCUCGGCGUGGCUGUCGCGUUCCUCGGCUUCGAGGCUAGGAGGCUCGUGUCGGCGACGUCGUGCUUCACAGUGUUGGGCGUGGCGGGGAAAAUGGCGACGGUGACCGCCAACGGGCUGAUCUGGGACAAGCACGCCUCGCCCGAGGGUAUUGCGUUUCUGGCGGCCUGCCUGGCCGAUAAUCUGGGUUCCGGCUCCUACCCAGACAGGGGGUCUGUUCACCACGGUUAG